CCUGCCUUGUGUACAUAUACACGUGUUCCCAGCAGCCUGCUUUUCCUCACUCUCCGAACGUCUCCCCUCGGAGCAGCGGCGCACUGCUCCCCUCAUCACCACCACCAUGAAGAGCGUCACUGCGUUCGCCCUCCUUGCUCUGGCAGCCACUACGUGGGCUGUCUCUCUACCUGAAAUUGGGGUAGAGGUGGACUGCACCAAAUACGGUGGAAAAGGUGCCAGAGUUGCCUGCACAAGGGAGUGGAAGCCAAUAUGUGGCAUAGAUCAGAAAACUUACAGUAGUGAAUGCAUCUUUUGUUUUCUAAGUCAAGAGAGAGGACUUGAACUCAGAAAACUUCAUGAUGGUGAAUGUAGGCAGGUUGAAUGCACCCAAUACUCUGAGAUAUGCACCAUGGAGUAUCUCCCCCACUGCGGAUCUGAUGGAGUCGUAUAUGGCAACAGAUGUUCCUUCUGCAACGCUGCUGUGAAGAGCCGUGGCACACUUUUUUUUGUAAAAUAUGGAUUAUGCUGAGCCUCCCUGAAACUCAAGGGCACCAAGUUUCCUUUGGGAGAUAGAUGCCACGUAGAAAACCAGUUUCUCUAGGAUGGUUGCGGAGACAAGUACAUAUGAAUCUAAUUCUUCAAUAAAAGAGUCGCAGCAGAAAAUUGUCA